CCGUCUGAAGGACUGGUGAGUGCCAUGAAAGGUUCUAGGUCUGAAGUAAAAGAGGCAGAGAAAAAGUUACAAUUGAUUAAAGCACAGACUGAUGAAGCAAAAACCCAGUUGAUGUUGACGGAACUCAAAAGAGAAAAUAUUGUGAAGGAUGUCGAGAGAAUAGAGGAAGAUUUAUCUCGGAAGAAAAGACAAGUGAAGAAUUACGAAGAUCAGUUAAGAUCUAGACUGGGAGAUAUAAGGGCAUCGGAUAGUUUUAUUGAUCCUGAUGAAAAAUUGACCUCGUUAGAGGAAGAGAAUGCCAGUUUGAAAGUGAGGUUACGCCACAUGGAUGGGUUAGAAUUGGAGAGAGAUGAAUUAGUCAGACAACUGGACUCUGCAAAGGAAGAUUUGUUUAAUGAACAAAGACAGUCUAGAAAUAAGAUAGAAGAAUUACAAGAAGAAUUAGAAAAUUUAACAGCUCAGGUAGAGGAAUAUAAAUCAGAACCAGGCCAUAGACAGAGUAAUACUACCUCAUUACAGUUCACGAAACUAGAAGAUAAAAUACACAGACUAGAAAAAGAGAAAGAUAACUUAACACAGGAUAAGAAUAAACUAGUAGAAGAUUUACGACUGAUAUCACGUUCACCAAGACCUGAGACAAGUAGACAACAAAUAUUAAACCGAGACGUGGAAGAAUUACGUAAUGAAGUGGCCACUCUACAUAAUAAAAUAGGAGCAGGUCAGAGAGAAAUUAAUAAUAAAGAAGAUAUCAUUGGUCGAUUAAAACAACAGAAUCAAGAUUUACAACAAAUGUACAGUAAAGAGAAAGGACAUAAAGAUGGAGUAAUGGAGGAUCACAAACGAUCAUUACAAACUCUCAGGAAAGAAAUGGAUUCUGCCAUGGUUCAAAUGAGAGAGAAUAUGUUUUUAGAAAAGCAGAAAUCUUUAGAGGAUUUGAGAAGCACCCUGGAGAAGGAUAAGCGUGAUGCACUUGCACGGGCAGAGGAUAAAUUUAAUCAUCAUAUCAAAAGUCAAUCUAAUUCUAUUAAAGAUAAAGAAGGAGAGUUAUCCAGAAUGAUAGAUUUAGUGAAGAAAUUAGAGGAGGACCGAAGGGAUGUUGAAACAAGAGUCAAAAGUGAUUCACAAAAACAGAUUGACGAUUUCAUCAAGAAGGAGAAAUUAAAAUUAGAAGCUGACUUUGAAUGGCGAUUACAUAAAGAGAAGGAACAGUUCCAACAGGAAUUUAAAGUGAAUUUUACUGGAUUAUCUAAAGAAUUGGAGGAGGCUAAGAAGGUCAAGGCUACAUUGCUGGCACAGAUUGAAAAACUUACUACUGAAUUGGAAACUCAGCGUCUACAAAAUCGCCAAUCUGUUCAUGACCGUAUGUUAGCGGUUGCCAGAGCUAAGGAAUCUAUAAAACAGGACAUGCAGGUCGAUAUGGAAAAAGUUAAAUCCAAAAUGAAAGAAGAUUUCCAACAAGAAAUAGACAAGCUACAAGAUACAAUAAGAAUGCAAGAAGAAGAAAUAAAACAAUUACGUGGAGAAAGGGCAGAAGUGUUAAAAUUAGCUAAAGACAAUCAAGGGUCGGAAAGAGUGGAAAGAACUAUAAUUAAUGAAAUUAAUGAAGAGUGUCGGAAAAAUUCACAUGUUUUAGGAAUCAGUCCUCGCAAAGUUAAUAUGACAGAUUUUCGAGAGAAUGGUUAUAACUCUCCCGGCAGAAUACGAACACCAACUACAGCAGCCCUGAUGGGUAGCCGUAGAUUUGAGGAUAGAAAUUCAGAGGCUAACUUACGAGCGUGUAAUCAAGAACUACGUAACCAUGUCAACGAACUGAAACAAGAAAUGGAACAUCAAAAGAAUGUGUUAAUUCAAUCACAGCGGGAAAAGUCAGAUAUUGUACAAAGUGUAAAGAGUCAGCUGGAGAGAGAGAAAAGUUAUGAACUGGAUAAACUGAAAGAAAAAUUUGUCAAGGGCAACCCUCCCAAUGGUUAUAAACAUCAUAAUGAUGUCAGAAUGCAAUAUACAAAGUCAGCACCAUAUGAGUAUGGACCAAGAACGACAGCUCAGGAACAAGAGUUAGAAAGAUUAGAAAGAGAAAUCAAAAGACUCACUACAAAUCAACAGCCUCCUCCUCCAAGGUACUACAACUCUUACGACCAGGAUGAUAUUAGUACGACUAAACUGGUCAAUAAUUUACGGACAAAAGUAGCAGAACUUGAACAUCAAAACAGCAACUUAUCUAAAUAUUCUUAUUCUGUUCCGGAUCUGUCAAAUCCUGUCUAUUACAGGAGGACAAUGAGAUCCCCUUCUCCUACACCUCAGCAAGAGAGAAUUGUAAAUAUUUUAGAACAACGAGCCAAGGAGGCAGAUUUUGAAUCGGAUACUCUAUUAGAUCAACAACAACGAAGUCGCAAUAUGAUGUCACAGAAAAUGCAAGAAAUGACCAAACUACAAACCUCAUUAACAACACAAACAAAAGAUUUAAUUCAUUUAGGGCAAGCAUAUUCUAAAUUGAACAACAGUUACAGAUACGGCAAGACAUGAAGACAUUUCAAUAAACUUUAGUAUUAAAACAAUUGUAGCUUUAAGUAUGGUGCCAGAUAUAUAUAUAAACUGUACAUUUUGUAAACAUAUAGCUGAGUAUAUAUCUGUUAGUACUAGUUUAUAUAUACUCAUGUUUUGUGGUGACAGUGCUGUACCAAGGCUACUAUGCAAUGAUAAUGUCAGUACAAUGUAUAACUAUGUUUCUUACUUAAAGUUAGUAUACAAAAUUCCUUGUAAGAAUAAUUUAUUCACCAAAAAUUCCUUGUAAGAAUAAUUUAUUUACCAAAAAUAACUUUAAAAUGGAAUUUAUUUUAUGUGUCAAGAGUUAAAACUGGCUUGAUAUUUCAAAAUGGCAAUUUUAGAUCAAAUUUGAAUCCAUCUGGAAUAGUUCAGUACUUCAGUCAAAUACAUUUGAUUAUUUGAUCAUAUUAACUCUGUUAAUUUCUGAAAUUUGAGAAAAUAUUAUCAGUAUUACAUCUUUGUAGAAAAUUUCUGUGGUGACUUUUUUUGUGAAAAAAGUUAUUAAAAAAACAGUAUUAUUCAACCAUACCUAAUACAGUCAUAAACAAUAUUAAACUUGACCUAUGAAAAUGAAUAUUAUUUCCAAAUAUGUAUUUUAUAGUGGCACUGCCAAGUUUAAGAUCUCAGAUCUCAGAUCUGCAGUGACAUCACAACAUGUAACUGACCAAUCAAUGAUUAGCAAUUUUGUUAUGUAAACAAUGGUGAGAGGUGAUGCGGAUAAGAACCCUCUAGAUUUUCCAUAGACUUAUUGCAAAUUAAUUUAAUUGAUAAAUAUCGUUACCAGUUGAAUAUAGUAAUUUUACUCAUUUAAUAUUGUUAAAGACACUAUAUCAUAUUUCCAUUUUGAUUUUUAACAUACUAUAACCUCUGGUUAAAAAAAAAUCGGCAAUAUAAAUAAUCAGUAAUCCCCUUCAAAUAGAUGAAAAAUCUAGAGGAUUCCUGAUGGCAUCAUCCCCUGACAAAUGUAAAUGCCAGGAAGUCCGGAUCUGAGAUUUUAAACAAAAUCUUGUGUGUUUGGAGCCAACAAUGUCAUUCCAUUAAAUUUAUACAACAGGUGCUUGAAUAUCACUGUCAAAAUAAUUUGCAUUUCUUAUGCAUGAAAACAUCCCAUAACAAUUUGAAAUUUACAGAACAAAGAUAUGAUAUUACAAGAUGAGUGAAUAUUUGUAGGCACAUUUAUCUGAUCAGAAUAUUGAAUGUUUGAUGGAGAUAUUUCUACUAUCAAAUGCAGUGAAAGUCUAUUAGGAUACUUUAUGUAGUAUUAAUGUACACAUAUACUUUGUGAAUUAUAACUUGCAAUUUGUGAACGUUAUAUUUAUGUAAAUAUAUUUACUUAUUAUGUUAUUCUUUUAUGUUGUUAUUGCUAUUAAUAACCAGGACACCAUUUCUUAAAGUACCAACAAAAUGUACAUGAUUAUGUCUUCCAAAAGGUGUAUCAAUAAGAUUCUUAAAAUUCUACUCUGGUGAAUGAUCUUGGAUGAAUGCAUUCAUAUAAUAUAUUAUAUAUUAUGCGAGCUUGCCUUGAAUUUACCACAGUUUGCCCCUUUGCAAUUUUGCUUUCAACAACAGUCAGUAUGUUAUAUUUUUUUCCAAUACAAUUCAAAUUAAACUCAAUGUGCAAAAAUUACAGGACAAACAAGAGACAUUUCAAAGUAAAGAAAAUCUUUCAUAUGCCUUGAGAAAUGGUGUCCUGUCUAUUGGUUAUUUAAGAGAAUGCAAGUUAUCAUAUUAUAUAAAAGAUGAUUUAUGAUUUAUGUUCCUCAUUGUAAUGUGUAAAGCAUUGUAGUUAGUAUAUAUGUGUGGUGUACUAUCACUAGUUUACCGCUGGAAAGCAGAUCUGAUUGUAAUAUAUUUGUUUGAAUAGAAGUAGUUUAUCAAUAUUAGUACUUUGAUUUAAGACUUUGAUUUAUCAGAGUUCCCUCCCCCUUGCAAAUUAAAAGGCAUUUCCAAAGUACAGCACAUAUUACAUUUGCCUUGAGGAAUGGUGUCCUGGCUAUUAGUUAUUUUGAAAGCAUGCAAGUUUGUCAUAUUGUACAAAAGAUGAUUCAUAAUGUAUCUUUCUCAUUGUUAUGUGUAAAGCACUGUUGUUAGUAUAUAUGUUUGAAUACAGUGUAAUGUAUCACUGGUUUACGGCUGGAAAGCAGAUCUGAAUUGUAAUAUAUUUGUUUGAAUAGAAGUAGUUUAUUGAUUAGUGCUUUAAUUUAAUACAAAGUAACAAAGAAAGGAUCCAAGGAUUUCUGUGAUAAUUUUGUUUUAUAGAAUUUUUCAAAUUUUUAUACAAACAUGUUUAGUUUAUUGUACAAAAUAUACAUAUUUGAGUGAUUUAGUUUUUAUAGAACUUUUGUAUUUAUUUUGAAUUCCGUCCCUAUAUAUGUGCCAUUUAAUGGUUUAUUUGAUUCUAUUUUAAGACCCAUAGUUUAAUUUGAAGCCGUCCAUUUUUUACCGAUCAUCAAAUCUUUUUUU